UUGGUUUCACCCACCCUUGGACGCUUUCUCAGGAACUGAGAGCACGCCAUAGGACAAAAUAUUGACAUAAUUAUGUGUAUUUCUAGCUACAUGAAAUAUUAGGAUUUUCUAUUACCUUUCAAUAUUGAAAGUCAGCAUUUACCCCAACAUCAUAGAACCACGCGAGACUGUGCUAGGUUACUGGUUUAUCAUCACCAUUUGUUUCGGCUGAUCCAAGCACUAACGUUAGCCACAACUGCCUGGAUAAAAAUAAGGCACUAGACACCCGACACAUCCAUCACUUUCUCUGCGGGCUCUAAACGCACUGUGGCUGGGCUGAAUUCUAAGGAGGAGUCCCACUCCCCGGUCCCCCCCCCUCUACCUCUACCUCCCCCCUCUGCUGUCCCCUCUUCUCUACCUUCAUGACCAGACUGAGGGAAGAGGAGAGGCUGGUGCUCAGAUGAUCCCGCUCUGGGCUGCCGUAACCAAAUUUGUCCAGACAGGGAAGACAUAAGUAGUGUCUCUGGAGGGCCCUGCCCAGUGUCCCCUCGGCCGCUAGCCUGGCAGAGUGCUCCGUUCCCCCCUUUGAUCCCCCGGCCCGUGAGAUGCCCUCUCCCCCUGACGAUGGAGAGGAUCAAGGACCAUCCCUCAUGAACGGGCCAUCUGCGGGCUCCCACCAGAUCAGUGGGAGAAGAAAGGUCCGCACCAAGAAGAAGAAGGGGACCAUUACGGCCAACGUGGCUGGCACCAAAUAUGAAAUCGUUCGGAUAGCGAUCAAUGAAAUGGCCUUCCUGAAAACCCGAGAUGAGGACGAGACAGCCAACCUCAUCUGGAGCGACUCGGCUGUGCAGCACGAGAAAAUCGCUGAUCUCAGGAACUACCAGAGAAUUAACCAUUUCCCUGGGAUGGGGGAGAUUUGCCGGAAAGACUGUUUGGCAAGGAAUAUGUCCAAAAUGAUCAAGAGCCAGCCUCAGGAGUACAGCUUUAUUCCCAAAACGUGGAUCUUCCCCGCCGAGUACUCCCAGUUUCAGAACUACGUGAAGGAGCUUCGGCGGAAACGCAAGCAGAAGACGUUUAUCGUCAAGCCUGCCAACGGAGCCAUGGGUCACGGGAUCUCCUUGAUACGAAACUGUGAGAAGCUACCGGCUCAAGCUCAAGACCACUUCAUAGUGCAGGAGUACCUAGACAAACCGUUCUUAAUGGAGGGCUACAAGUUUGACCUCAGGAUCUACAUCCUUGUAACGUCCUGUGACCCUCUACGCAUCUUCCUCUACAAUGACGGCCUCGUCAGGAUGGGCACCGAGAAAUACCACACACCCAACGAGGCCAACCUGAGCCAGCUGUACAUGCAUCUAACAAACUACUCCGUCAACAAACACAACGAGAACUUCGAGAGGGACGAGACGGCAGACAAAGGCAGCAAGAGGUCCAUUGGUUGGUUCACUGAGUUCCUGCGCAUGAAUGAUUACGACGUGGCCAAGUUCUGGGGCGAUGUUUCCGAGCUGGUGGUGAAGACUCUGAUAGUGGCUGAGCCCCACGUCCUCCAUGCCUAUCGCAUGUGUCGCCCGGGACAGCCACCAGGGAGCGACAGUGUCUGCUUUGAGGUGCUGGGCUUUGACAUCAUCCUGGACCGCAAGCUCAAACCCUGGCUUCUGGAGAUCAAUCGAGCGCCGAGCUUCGGGACCGAUCAGAAGAUUGAUUACGACGUGAAGAAAGGGGUCUUGCUCAACGCACUGAAACUUCUCAACAUCAGAGCGAGUGACAAGAAGCGUAACCUGGCCCAGCAGAAGGCGGAGGCCCAGAGACGGCUCUACGGCCAGGGCUCCAUGAAGAAGCUCUCGGCCGCCUCCUCCGAGGCAGAAAAACAGCGCCACACGCUGGAGCGGAGGAAAGAAGAACUGAAAGAGCAAUUGACUCAGGUCCGCAAGCAGAUCUCCCGGGAGGAGCAUGAAAAGAGACAUCUGGGGAACUACAGACGUAUUUACCCCCCAGAUGACAAGCUCCUCCUGGAGAAGUAUGAAAGCCUUCUCUCAGCUGCCUUUCAGACCUUCCUCGCCGGCCGAGCGGCCUCACUUCAAAAGGAAAUGAAUAAUCCUCUGAAACGAAUGAAGGAGGAGGACAUAUUGGACCUGCUGGAGCAGUGUGAGCUGGACGACGAGAAGCUGUUGGGGAAAUCGUCACGGCAGAGAGGACCCAAGCCCCUGUCCUCCAUGCCUGAGAGCGCCCAGACGCCGUGCGGCAGGAGACAAAGAGAGUACGGAGGCGACGGAGGAGACGCCAGUGGCAGCAGCGUCAACAACAGCAGCUCUGAGGAGGGCCCUGAAGAGGAGGAUGACAGGGAGGAUGAGAGGGAAGGAGGGAAGACAAGGGAGAAAAAGAGUGUCUCUUACGACCUGGGAGAGAACAAGUAUAAGUCGUCGUCGGAGCGCUCAGGACGGGUUCACUGGAAACCUCUGAUGAAGCCGGUCAAGGCCGGCCUCUCUGCCUCCUCCUCCCCGACCCUCUCUGGGCCAAUCAGACGCUCCAUCUCCUGCCCGCGUUCUAUAUCCUCCCUGGCCGCCCAGUCACCCACCAAUGAGACACGAGGCUCGCUGGCCAGGCCCUCCGUUCCUGCGGCGACGGCCCUCGUUAGGCCAAGCUCCGCUUCUCUGCGCUCUCAUUCGCUCAGCCGCAGCGGCUCCACCCACAGGGUGCCGCACAGUAGUAGUCUAGGUACCAUCCACGCUAACAUGGGUGAUCCCGUGCUGAUCCUGAGGAGUAAAGACCAGGAGACAGAGCUGACAAGACAGAGCCUGGCCGCUCUCAGCGCUAUGAGGAUCCGCUUCCCGGGGAAGACUGAGGAGGAGGCAGAGGCCGUUCUGGAUGAGAUACUAGACAACUGGAAGUACCACAAACCCAAAGUGGCCUCUUACUGGCUGGUAAAGUUGGAUUCCACCAAACAAAGGAAGGUUCUGGACAUCGUCCGUACCAACGUACGCUCGGUGCUGCAGCGGCUUUGGAGGGAGCCCGACGUGGACAGUUUACAUUUGUAUCGCCUUUUCAACCGCGUCUUUAACCGACUGCUCUGGAGCCACGGACAGGGCCUGUGGAACUUGUUCUCCAACACUGGAUCGUCGUGGGAGACCAUCUUCAGUAAGAGCAGCGAGGUGGUGUCGCAGCAGGAGCUCCAGUGUUGCCAGAGGCUUGUGCAGCUGUGCAGGGACUGCCUCCUCGUUGUCUACAAAUUUGUCUCCGAGUCCCGGGGCUCGCUCACCGGCCUCAGCCCCGAAUGGGACGACACUAGGUAUCUGCUGCCAGUGACCUCCCAGUUCAUCAUGAAGUGGCCUUCAUCCAGCUUCGGCCAUGUCUCCUCGGCCAUGCCGCGCUCACGCAGUCUGUUCACCACCCGGAUGGGUCAGUUCUGACUGACCGCCCAGGCCCACCCUCAUGAGCUGUAACCCCCAGCCAAUCCCUCCUCCCCUCCACUAACCAGUUGAGAGGGCUGAACUGGUGGACCUUGGACCCCACAGCGGCCCCACAAAGGCCAGAGCAUAUGGGUGAGAUUAGUGACACCCUUGCUCAGCCCAGAACACUCCAAUGUUCCAACAGGACUCUUGAUCUGAGCUCCACUUAGUGUCAGACAAUGGGUCAUUCUCAUGUGCCCCGACCCAGUCUUUCUCUGUCUCUCUCGAUCUCGCUUUAUCUCUUUCUUUCUCUCUCUCUCUCUCUCUCAUUGUACCUUACAUUGCUGUAGUAUAUCCGCUCACUGUACAGUUACAAGUCAAAGUACUGUAAAGGAAACAGAACAAGGUUUCUUACAUUUAUUUUGUCAAAUGUUCCAUGAAUGCAGUGAAUGCUGACGCAGUGUGCAGAUGGAAUGAGAUUAACAGGUUAUCCCUUUGUUGAGAAAAAAAUAAGCUUUUUUUUGCUGGCUAUGAAAAUUGCUAAAUGUAUUUUAUUUAUUUUUUAACUUAUUUCAAUGUGAUGCUUUAGUUUACAUUGUUUUAACAGUCACUUUAUGUUCCUGUCAAUACAACCCAAAGUACAGUUGAGCGAGGAAAGCCUAAUUUAUUUAAAACAAUUGGGUCAAUUGCAACCAACAGGUAGAACGUGUAGCUGCAGGUUAGCGCUUGAUUUCUUAAAACGCUACUAACGGGAUAUUACAUGCACUUGCGAGUUAAAACAAACUAGCUUGCAACCAAAAACCCACCAGGAUAAACCAGCAGAUCAGUUGAAUUAAUCAAUAUUUAUUGUAAGAAUAUAUACCCAGUGAAUUGUAAGAAAGGGACGUAUAGUACAUUACAGUAGAGUACUUAACUGCAACUACACUAUUCUGCACUCUACUGAGAUAUACUCUACUCGAGUACAGUAAAGUAUAAUACAGUACAUUAUAGAAGUUUAUGUUUGGGCCACAUUAGAAUAUAAUUUGUAAUUUGACAUACCUUGAUUAGACUCUUAAUUUAAUAAAAAUAUAGGUUUGUAAUUAACAAAAUCAUGAUUGUUUUGAUUAAGUUGAUUUUAGUUCAGGAAUAGUUUAUUUUCCCCUUUUGAUAAGAAAUUACCAUACUGUAUUAAGACAAGUUAUUAAUGGAUUAAAUAUUGGAAAUGAAAAGUAAGUAUACCAACACAAGCUUCACAUUAAUAAAAUGUAUAGUGUAAAUUGGCACAGUAGAUUAUCGCUGGUAAACGAGGAAUUACCUCAUUGCAGUUGUACGGAAUGAUUGUCAGAUAUUUAAAUCUGUGCUUAAUCUGCUCAAAUAUUAGGUUUAAUUUAUACCGAAGAUAAUACCCAGAGGGCUAAAUAGUCUUGAAAAUGUUUUGCAGCAACCAGGACUGAAAGUUAACAUCGCAUCAGCUUUAGGGAGGGGUAAAAUGGCCGCCAAUAGUGGUUGCAAUUGAGAUUGGCAGUGUGGGUGAUUUUAGGGCAUUUUAGGGCAUUUUAGGGCUUUAACGAGAGCGUGCUCAAUGUUGGUUGCAGUUGACCCUUAAAUGUUUAACUAUAGCUUAUAUUUUGGGUCUGUAUUGACAAGUGCAGCACAGUAUAGCCACAGAGUGUCUAGAAUGUUUAUUUCCAACUAGCGAGCCAAGCAUCCCUGCUACUUAGUGAAUGAGUUGACUUUGCAGCCUCACCGCAGGGAGCCAAAAUGGAUUCUCGGAUAUUGUCUUGUUGAAUAUGCACCUUGCAGUAUAUCACAACGUGGCCGGGUACCAGGUCAACUACAUUGUUGACUACAUUGCAGUCGUCUGCCAUUUCUCACAACGUCUGGAUAGGUGUUUAUAGAAAUCUGACGCCCGACUGGGAAGUCGUUGACAUGGCAAGCAUGGUUGCUGCGUGCAGCAAGACUGCAAUAUAGGUGAUUUGGAACAUGACCAAUGACUUACUCCACAUACUGCUUAUGAUGCUGUCAGCAGUAGUUCUUGCAUGCAUAGAAUAUAGUUCUACACCCAGACGUUGUCCAUAGACAGAACAACUGCAUUAUGGGAAAUACUUGAAUUUUUGUGUUGUUAAAUCUUUUGGUCUGCGCUCGCAUUAAAUACACUAAUUUAGAUUUUUGGGUAUCUUAAACUACAUAUACAGUACCAGUCAAAAGUUUGGAUACACCUACUCAUUCAAGGGUUUUUCUUUAUUUGUACUAUUUUAUACGUUGUAGAAUAAUAAUGAAGACAUCAAAACUAUGAAAUAACACAUAUGGAAUCAUGUAGUCAGAAAAAAGGGUUAAACAAAUCAAAUUAUACUUAAUAUUUGAGAUUCUUCAAAGUAGCCACCCUUUGCCUUGAUGACAGCUUUGCACACUCUUGGCUUUCUCUCAACCAGCGUCACCUGGAAUGCUUUUCCAACUAUCUUAAAGGAGUUCCCACAUAUGCUGAGCACGUUUUCUGCUUCGCUUCACUCUGCAAUCCAACUCAUCCCAAACCUUUUCAGUUGGGUUGAGGGUGGGUGAUUGUGGAGGCCAGGUCAUCUGAUGCAGCACUCCAUCACUCUCCUUCUUGGUCAAAUAGCCCUUAAACAGCCUUGAGGUGUGCUGGGUCAUUGUCCUGUUGAAAAACAAAUGAUAGUCCCUAAGCGCAAACCAAAUGGGAUCACUGACAGUGUCACCAACAAAGCACCCCCACAGCAUCACACCUUGUCCUCCAUGCUUCACGGUGGGAACCACACAUGUAGAGAUCAUCCAUUAAUCUACUCUGCAUCUCACAAAUCAUCAGACCAAAGGACAGAUUUCCACCGGUCUAAUGUCCAUUGCUCAUGUUUCUUGGCCCAAGCAAGUCUCCUCUCCUUAUUGGUGUCUUUUAGUAGUGGUUACUUUGCAACAAUUCGACCAUGAAGGCCUGAUUCAUGUAGUCUCCUCUGAACAGUUGAUGUUGAGAUGUGUCUGUUACUUGUACUCUGUGAAGCAUUUAUUUGGGCUGCAAUUUCUGAGGCUGGUAACUCUAAUGAAAUUAUCCUCUGCAGCAGAGGUAAUUCUGGGUCAUCCGUUCCUGUCCCGGUCCUCGUGAGAGCCAGUUUCAUCAUAGCGCUCGAUGGUUUUUGCGACUGCACUUGAAGAAACUUUAAAAGUUCUUGAAAUUUUCAGAAUUGACUGACAUUCAUGUCUUAAAGUCAAUGAUGAACUGUCAUUUUUCUUUGCUUAUUUGAGCUGUUCUUGCCAUAAUAUGGAAUUGGUCUUUUACCAAACAGGGCUAUCUUCUGUAUACCACCCUUCCCUUGUCACAACACAACUGAUUGGUUCAAACGCAUUACAAAGGAAAUAAAUUCCACAAAUGAACUUUUAACAAGGCAUACCUGUUAAUUGAAAUGCAUUCCAGGAGACUAACUCAUGAAGCUGGGUGAGAGAAUGCCAAGUGUGUGCAAAGCUGUCAUCAAGGAAAAGGGUGGCUACUUUGAAGAAUCUCAAAUAUGACGUUUAUCACUUUUUUGUUUACUACAUGAUUCCAUAUGUGUUUUUUCAUAGUUUUGAUGUCUUCACUAUUAUUCUACAAUGUAGAAAAUAGUACAAAUAAAGAUUUGUAGGCUUUUGACUGGUACCCUAUGUGAUGUAUCACAUAUGGAUUGUAUGACACAUGAUUUAGUGUGUGACAUUUAUGAGUGGGGGGCAAAAGUGGUUGCGAUAAUGUAAUUAUGUCAUUGGCACCUCUGAUGUCAUACUUGUUGUCAGAGAUUGGAACUAAAAUUAUCUUCCAAUCGUUCCGAGCAGAGCGAUCCCAAAUGAAAAUAAAGUUCUGAACCGAAUCGAACACAUAAAAGUAAUGGUUCUAUAGUUCAUAUAUAAAUGGAACAUGGGAAAUCAACUUUGUUUUUACAUUCAGCUCAUUAUUUUACUCCUCCAAUUAGCGCUGAUAGUGUAGCUCUGGAAAGGGUCAAAUACUUUUGACUGGUCAGAUAAAUGCAGGUGCGAGAUGUGACGGGUGGGGAGAGAGCAAGAGAAGAGGGGUGGACAUGGAGACAGCUUGGCUUGAAGCGCUCACAUCAUUCACAUCAUAACGUGAAUUGGAAUAUGUUUAGGCUAUUAGUAGCAUUAUAACAUCACCAAAUUACAGAAUUAUAUACUAGACUUUAGGAAUAUUUUUUGAAGUAAAAAUAACAUUAUUAAAUGUUUUUCAAGAUUUAUAGAUAGCGGUUCUGUUCCGGAACACUGGAAAUCAAUUUCGUUCCUGGUUCUGUUUCCGUUCCUCUGACAAUGUUGUUUGUUUUCGGUUCUGUUCCCUGAACCGGUUUGAACCCCUGUUGGUUGUAAUAGGAAGUUUUGUAAAUGUCUUGUUAUGUAAAACAAAUCUUACCAAGAUAACAACAAGAAUAUGAUUUAUUUUCCAUGACGUGAUAUCGUCAUGAGAAAGACAUCUUUACCUGGUUGUAGACAUUCUCAACUAGAAAAUGACAUCAUUAUGAUGUCACAUGUCCAUUUUUGAGUCUCUUUGGCGAUUCUCUGUAAGUCGUACUGUUACUGCAGUGCUUUGCCUUGCCCGAGAAGCUGCCAUUUCGUGUUUUAGCAGCUGUGUCCUAUUUCCCACUCCCGCAGGUACAAGUGCCAGUGCAAACAGUGAGGUGCCAAUACACCGCAUAUCCAUUCACUAAUGUGUUCCAUUGGUCUUUAAUUAAGGUUAAUUAAAGUUAAUAUGUGAUCAAUUACAGUAGAAACCCUCAUUAGGAACUAUUUAAAUGUUAAUAGGGAGAAAUGCAGUAUUACGUGUCUAGGCUAGAUUGUGUUACUUUUCUCACAUAAUUUAUGGGUUCGAUUUUCAACGGUAAUAGGAAGCAGUCAGACUUCAUGAUAAAGUAUACUGUAC